CCAAUUGACCUCCCCCUCACCCUCACCCAUCUCAUCCCCCUAUAAAUACUUGCCAUCUCUUCUCCGUCCAACCACACCACCCAGCAAGAAGACCCCGAGCAAUUCUACCCGCUCGGAGCUCCUCCCCUUUCAUCGUCUCCAAUCACCAUCAUCUGCACGUCUCACCGGCCCUACGCAACAGCAAGUGGGUUACCUCUCGAUCGGGAUGAGCCGCAGCAACAAGAAGAGCUCUAGGGGCAUCGACCUGAAGCUGAACCUCUCGCUGCCGGCGAGAGGGGACUCGUCGUCCAGGAGGGCGAUGGCCGCCGACGAGGAGUCGUCGCCGAGCUCGUGCCUGUCGUCGGAGAACGAGCACGGCCUGCAGUGGUCCAACAGCCCGGAGGCGACGUCCAUGGUGCUCGCCGCCUGCCCUCGCUGCUUCAUCUACGUCAUGCUCCCGCAGGAUGAUCCGCGGUGCCCGCAGUGCAAGAGCCCCGUGAUCCUUGACUUCCUGCAGCAGGACAACGGCAACAACAACGCCAACAGCAAUAGCAGCAGGAAGACCAGGAGAGGGUGAAGUUAAACAAAAGGGGGGGCAAUUCUCCGUUUGGCAGAAGAUCAACAUCAAUCAAGAAAAAGAAAAGCGUCUAUAUGAAGUCCUAGGUCCAGUAAUUCUCUUUUGUUUUGCCUAUUCCCCCAGUGUAACCAUGAUAUAUUCCUUACUAAAAUUGUGAGACUAGCAUGAAAAUCCAUGUGCUGGUGGCAUAAUUUUGAUACAUCAUGGAUACACUGGGGACUAUAUCCAUCCCCCUCUCCUGGCUUCCUUCUUUAGUGGUUCUAAAUGAAGAAGUUUUGCUUAGACAUAGGACCAGACUUCUCAUCUUUGUUUUGUUUUUGUUUCCUUUCCGAGAUGAAAAGAAAACAUUUACCCUGAAAAUGUUGAGAUGAUUAUUGUUCUGAAUCACAUGAUGGCUUUCUAUCAA